UGUACUUGGAAACAUCAACGUGAAAGCUCAGUUAUGAUUUCCUACGUUGCGUUGUGUGCAGUGUUUCUGACUGUAAUAGCGGAGGAACCUCACUGUUCAAAAUAUGAUUUUGAAGAAAAGAUCUUGGAAAAAUUAGUUCGAAUGGAAUAUCAGAUGGAAAGAAUGAAAAUUGAAGGUCUUGAAAGAGCUGAAAACAUGGCAAAAACUAAAACGGAGGUGGCUACUGCUCUAGAGACCCUGGACCAAAGUGUGGCUAAGAUUAAAAGCAAACUUGAAGAAGAGUCCACCGCGUUUGAGCAGAAAAUGACAGAGACUGUUGGGAAAAUGAUGAAAAGAGUUGAAAAUGUUGCAGAAGCAUCAACAAUACCGAAGAUAGUGUUUAAGGCACGCCUUAAUUCACACAUGACCGUUACAAGUGGAGUUUACAUUGUUUUUCCUACAACAUUGUUGAACGAGGGUGGCGCCUAUGACUCCAGCAGUGGUAUAUUCACCGCACCUGUUAAUGGAACAUAUAUGUUUAAUGUUAUCUUUUGUGUGUUCGCUGGAAAGAGUUUGUAUAUUGAUAUCAUGGUGGAUGACACGAAGACGGCACCUGUAGUGUUCCGGAAUUCAGCCAACAAUGCUUGCCACUCAGCUGUUACUGUAGAAGUCCUCACGGUUGGUCAGAGGGUUGGGAUUCAAGUGUUGUCUACCCGAACAGGCAACGUUAUUUAUCACGGUUCUUCUACUAGAUGGAACACAUUCUCUGGAACUCUGCUUCAUACUCAUUAAGAAACUCAGUUAAACGCUUAUCAAACGGAGAAAACUGAUGCACUGUGUAUUUUUGUAGCUUUUUGUACACUAAUAUGCCAUUAUAGGUAUUCUUCACUCACUUAUUAUUCUUUUUAUCAUAUAGCGUACUAAACAUUUUUUCUGCCUUUUCUUAUCAGGGACGAGGUACUUUUUUACUUAUAAUUGUAUAUAUUAAUCAUAUUUAAACUACCUUUAUAUACAUGCAAACGACAAAAGGUUUGAUUUAUUGGUCGAUUGCUAAUAAAUCAUAAUUUGUAACCUUUUAUGCAGAUACAUUUCAUCAAAUAAAUGUGAAGUAUA